UGAGGGAAUCAAAGUUGCUGCAAUGGAGACUUCGGAGAGUGAUGCAGCGGUCACAUACUUGGGGAAAACUGAGGACAGAGACGGCUAUUAUGAUCUGGAGCAUCUGCCACCUCUGCUGGAGGAUGAGGAGAAUGUAUCUUUGGCAGACAUCCUGUCUUUGCGGGACAGCUGUCUGUCUGAGGAGGAGGUGUGGGCGGUGUGUGCAGAGUGCGUCCUGGCGCUGCAGAGCAUCCGACCCUCCCACCUCUUCCACACCCUGUGCAUAACACCGGACACUCUGGCCUUCAACGCUCAUGGGAAUGUUUGCUUCAUGGAGCAGCUCAGUGAUGAUCCGGAAGGGUCCUUUGUGCCACCUGAAUUUGACAACACGGGCAGCACGUUCGAGGGCCAUGUUUACUCUCUGGGCUCCACGCUUUCUGCUGCACUGAACUUUGUCAUCGAGCCAGAGCUGGAGGCAGAGCUGGGAGAAGAAAUCCAGAGGCUGUUGGAGCAGAUGCAGGAGGAGAACCCUGAGGACAGGCCGCUCCUGCAGGACAUCCUGUCUCUGGCUGAAGCCAGGCUGUCUCAUAUCUCCUCUGCAGCUGUGUGCCGGAAACUGUCUUCGGUUGGGCGACGGGUGCUUUCUAUCGAAUCAGUGUCAGCCUUUCAAGAUGGACAGGAAGGCUCCUGGGAGGCAAGAUGGCAGCAUCCCAAACCCAGAUGUCUGCUUAAAAGACUGAGCUCGGAAGACAAUACCAAAGACCUGUGUGUUGACAGUUCUGUUAAAGCUAAUGGUCUGUCCAGGCAGCAGGUGUGCGGGGGCUGGGAUUCCUCCCUCUGGGCAGAGGAUAUGGAAAGUGGUGAAGGAGACGGGAUGAUCUUGGCAGAUGAGUUGGAUUGCAGGUCCCACAACAGCUCUCCAGUGCGGAGGAGAGCCCAGCAGAGGCUGAACAGGGUGAGGGGGGCUCUGAACCGCUCCUGCUCUGUCCCAGACUCCAACAACCCCCCUUGUCUCACCCCUCAAACCCACGGAGAUAUCAGUGUACCUGUAUCCGACCUCACUGAGAUAGGAGCGGACGAACACUUGAGCUGCACGUCUGUGUGGAGUAACAGACUUCAGAGACUGAACCGGGGCAAGUCCUGUGAGUCUUACCCACACAGUAGCACUGAGGAUUGUGUGAACUCAGUUGUGGACAGCCAAAUGUCACGAGGAAAUGAGGAUGCUGCAGAGACAUUAUGCUGCGGAGGAACACAGAUUCAAGGGUGCCAGGAAUGUGAAUCUAAGGACUGCACCCAGGAUUCAGCCUCUUCCUGUGCCUCCUGUCAGGAGCUGGACAUGGAACAGGAGGACCAGAGCUCAUUGACCCCCAGUCUCUACAUUCCUAAUAACUACAUGACCAAAAGCAUGCUGUGCCUCAAUGAAGAAUCUCAGGAUGAGUGGAUCUCUCUGAGAGAGUUACUGACUCGGUGUGGACGGAGGCUGACAGUUAAUGAGCUGUGGGCUCUGUGCUACACCUGCCUGUCCACACUGCAGACCUACAUUGACUUUCCAGCCUACCUAUGCCUGGACACACUGCAUGUUGGCUGUGAGGGAGAAGUACUUUUCCUGAAACCUAAAAACAUUGGAUCCCGAGAUGAAUUUUAUCUUGCCCCUGAAUAUCAAGAACAUGGAAUUGUGACUGAGAAGGUUUGUGUGUAUGGGGUUGCUGCUAUUCUAUGGGCUACAGCCAAGUUCAGUUUAUCACCUAAUCAAAAACUGGCAAUGCCUCGCAAACUGAAGAGACUGCUUCUGGAGAUGGCAAAGAGGACGCCCAUUGAGAGACCUACCAUCAUCAUGGCUAAAAAAAGCUGUCGUGACUACUUAGCAUGUCAAGGGACGAAUGCUGAGACGGUGUGGAACGACCUCAUCAGCAGAGUUCACCCGUCAGCCUCUAAAUCCAGUGAUGCUGAUGAUUUAAGCGCAACUGAAACUAAACAAAGCUCAUGUGAAGAGUCCGCACAAAACAGCGGCUUUGUGCCCAUGGCCACUGAGAGCCGACUGGCUCCUGUGCCUGGCCCUGUUCCCCACAGCUAUCCAGUCACUAAGGAGCUCCAACUACCAGAAGCCUUCACUUCCACUGCCACACACUUCACCCCCAUCAUCCUGACCAAUGACGGGGACUCAGAGGAGGAGAGCCAACACCUUGGAGCUGCCAUUGAUGGGACUGUGGAUGGAUUCACAAAAAGCAGUGACUACAUCGAGGAAAGGGACCUCGAUUUCACGUCACACUCUGAGUACCCACACCCUACACCGACUGAGCCCAGUCUACAUCCACAGGAGUUGCCUGUUAAUCAAGCAAACAUAACUACAGCUUUUACAACUUCCAGUGACGAGAUGCCGGUCAACUCUACUCCUCCUCUCCCUGAUAUUUCCUGUCUUGAAGUCUCUCUUCCUCCACCAUUAUCCACUAACCUCAGCGGUUGUGGUGUUUUCAACAAUUACCUCUUCCGUCAGGAUCCCACAACAGGACAUCUUUCCUUAGUGCCUGUGCAAGUGAGGGCUCCCGAGGCUCUCCUCGGGUUGGAUAUAAAUCUCUCCCUGGUGCCACAGGCUUUGCAGGGACUGAUCACAGUUCCAGAGAGCACUGAUGGUCCAUUUAUUAACUGUCUGAAUGUGCCUGUGAGGCCUGGACCCCAGGAUUAUGGCCCACCAUCAUCCUGUUUCAAUGGCAGCUCCAUCAUUUCUUACAGCCCUGUGGAGCACAGUGUGCCCAGAGCGUACAAUGGACAAACAAAUCCAGGAGCACAAGGUGAGAGCCAGUCUCCUUCAGAGUUCAUCUCCCCUAAAGUUCACCCUGCCCUACAGGAGGUGAUUGACCUGCUCAGGGGAGAGUUUUCACUUGAUGGGUAUUUGGACAAUGGACACGAGGACAUCGACAUGGGGGAGUACAUCUUCUCUUUGAAGGACCUCCAGUACAAAACGUUUGCCAGCGUUGUGAAGGAGAGGUUCAGUGAUCUGUAUUGGGAAGACGACUUGCUGGGUGUAUUGCACUGCCUGGUUAACUACAGCCCGUCCACACUCCGCUCUAAUGAGCAGCCUCCAUCAAAGGCUGUGAAAAGGGCAGCCUUUACCCCACCCUUAAUAGCCGCUGUCUGGGGAGGGAAGAGAGAAGUUUGUCUGCAUGAGUGUCUCGACCUGAAUGGAAACAUUCACACAACCAGUCCUGCUGCCGUGGAUUCUUGGGAAGGAACCGAGGCCCGGUCCUGUCACGGAGAAAAUGAGGCUGCAUUUGAAGGUUUUGCCUUAAGAUCAGAGGAGAGUCAACGCUGCAUCUUUCAAGGCGUGAGCACUGACAGUUCGGAAGCGGGGGUCAUGGAGGGAGGAGAUCAUUCAGCGGGGGGCAGCGAUGAAAGCCCCUCUGAAGCUGAGUUUUUAUCGGGGAGAGACGAAGGGCUGACGGAAGCCCACGACGAACAGAUGAGCCCCGACUGCUCGGUGGACAUGGAGGAUAGCGACUCUCUGGUGUCGGAGCGACUUCUCUCACCCUCAUCCAGAGCAGAGGGGCCGGGGCUCAGCUGCAGCCCAGCCUGGGCCUUGGCCUUCUUUGGAGAAGAAUGUUUCAGUCCAGAGGUGAUCCAGUAUGCAGUGAAUCUGGGGCAGCACACAGGAUCACCAUGUCUGGAUGGGAAAACACAGGAACUGCAGCAGCAGCUGAUGAUUGAAACAAGGAAUCUAAAGAAAACGAGAAAUUUCUACCAGAAGCUGCUUCAACAAGAGAGAAAAAACAAAGGUUCUGACAACAAACUGAUGCUAUCCAAGCUCAAGUCCCAGCUUGAAGAACUCAGAUCCAAAGUGGUUUUCUUGGAUUGUGUGAAGAAGUACCUUGAGAUUCUGAGUGUAGACCAGUGGGGUUUGGAGGUGUCUUUACUGUCUUCUUUGGCGGUCUGUGGACCUGGCUCUUUGGACUUCCAGACCUCUGAGGACCCGUCUGUUCUGAGCUUCGGUACAUGUAAAGGGAAGAGCACUCUGCAAGCUGGGUCUCCUCUGGGCCUCAUGGCUUACCUCUACUCCAGAAAUGCUGCAGUGGAGGGCUACAUCCAGCAGUUCCUGUAUACCUAUCGUUUCUUCUGCACUCCUGAGCAGCUACUGCAGUUCAUCAUAGAUAAAUUCAUCAGUGCUGCAAGACAAGGUCCAGACCUGUCAGGAGACAGUGAAAAGAUCUUCCAUCGCAGUUUGGACCUGCUCCAGUUGUGGAUAACAGACUGUAAACAGGUGGACUUCACAUCUAAGUCCAGCAUUGUGGAUACGUUAGAAAACUUCCUUAAUACUGAGGUGAUUCCUGUUGAUUGUCGAGGUGAGGCCCUCCUUGCUGCUCUCCACAACCCUCCUUGUACGACAUGGAGCCAAGGAAGAGGAAGCCUAACCAGCUUUGAUGAAGAUGAUGAUUCUAUGUGUUUGUAUUCAUCUACUGAGGAUCUUGGGAGAAAGUGGAGAUUCCCGAGAGUAGUGGAGCCCUCUGCACCCCUGCCUAAAGAAAGGGCCUUCUCCAUCGCCUCAGCACUGCCUAUGCCUUGCUACGGCUCCCUGGUGGAUGACCUCUCCAACGUCUGCCUGCACAGCGAAGAGCGAGUGCCCUUCAGCCAGAAUGAAUACAGCGCACAGCACAUAACCCAGCAGCUCACCCUCCUGCAGCAGCAAAUGUUCCAAGGUUGUCACCCGGUUCAUUUCCUCAACUCCAGAACACAAGGAAUCAGGGACAAGGUCUCUGCACCGAACAAGAAUGUGUCUCAGCAUAUCCCGCCAGCAGAGGGCAGCAGUCUACUUGUGUGUGAGGAGACACCAUCAGACAGCUACCUUCAGCAGCUGCUGACAUAUGCUGACAGUGUUGCUAACUGGAUCUCUGCUGAAAUAGUCAUCUGUGACUCCGUCAAGACACAAGUUGCUUUGCUGACCAAGUAUCUGUGGAUAGGAAAACACUGCUACGAGUCAAGGAACUUUGCCACAGCCAUGCAGGUCCUCGGAGGCCUGGAGAACGUGAUUGUCAGGCAAUUACCAGCUUGGAAACAUCUGUCUUCCAAGGUGUGCGAGAUCCUGGAGGAGCUUCGAGCUGUGCAGGUGUUUCUGAAGAGUGACGACCUGUGUCUGAUGGGAGGAGAGCACACAAGGAGGAGGCCCACCCUGCCGUCAGCGCACAUCCUGGCCAUGCACAUCCAGCAGCUGGAGAUCGGAGCCUUUACACUCACUACUGGGGCUUACAAGUGGACCAAGCUCAGGAGCAUAGCAAAGGUUGUGAGUCAGGUCCAUGCCUUCCAAGAGGCUAUUUACCCCUACAGCCCGGACCGAGAUCUGCAGGCUUACCUUCGGCGCCGCAUCAUCCGGUUCGCCACCUCUGACAUCCACCUCUUGGCCGCUGACAGCGAUGCCAACUUCCAGCAGUCCAGUGAGCGGCAAGCACGGAGGAUCCAGGACAGGAUGAAGAGGGUUAAAGCCACUUUCCAAUGAGCCCUCCACCAGUCGCAUGUCACAGCCCAGAGCGAGACACCAUCACCAGGUCAACACCUCAUGUCCAAGUUCAAACUGAGGCUCCAUGGCUAAGCAACAACCCUAAGAUGCCACUGUUGUCUUGGCAGCAGAGCCUCGUGGACUGGAAAACUUAUUCUGCAGACAUAUGUUCACUAUCUGUCACAUGCCCUUUAACUUACGUCAGCUCAGACUCCCAGGCAAACCUUAUGUAGGGCUCACACCCUGAAGAUGAAACAGGUUUGUUUCUCUCACAGAUCUGUUUGGUUAUGAUGUUAGCAUUUUACUUCCACAAAGAGAAGUGAUGUUUAUGAUUUGCAAUGAUUCUUUCGCAGCUCAUAUUUUGACAUUUUCUAUCAUUAUUUGUAGACUGAUCUGUAAUUUAACUGUUAAGGCCUACUACGUGGACUGAACAUGGCAGCAAUGUAGAUCGUGUGUCCAACAUAACAAAGAGGGCAGCUGUAUGAGACCCUGAGACCCCCAGGGGCCUCCAAAAGCCACAUAUUUGCAGUGUAGCAAUGUGGUUAUAUGGUCAAAUGUACAUUUGUUUAGGAAUAUGCACCACUAAAGUACAACUGACACAAUGAGGGCCUUUAGGUGGAAUCCUGCCUCUGAGCCAGGGCUCUAGGAAUGUCUGUCCAUCAAUCCGCUACUUUGGUCCAGGCUGAAAUAUCUCAGGAGGUUUGUUACAUAGAUUUCCAUGAAAUUUAGUACAAAUAUUCAUGGUCCCCAGAGGAUGAAUUCUAAGGACUCAGUCAUCCCCUGACUCUUCCUCGGGCUGACCGUGAGGUUGACAUUUGUGGUUUUCAGUGAAAUGUCUCGACAAGUAUUUGAUAGAUCGCCAUUAAAUUUGGUAAGGAUAAUCAUGUCCCAAUCAGGAUAAAUGUUAGCAUGCUAAACUGCUAAACCAAGAUCAUGAACACUAAGCACUGAGCUUAAAACCGCUGUAUCUAAGUAUAGCCUCACAAAGUUUGUGUAGCUGAAGACUCUAAAGCUUUGUUUCUACCAAGCAGUUCAGUUCAGCUCUGAUUGUUACACAUUACACAGUUAGUUUUGCAUUUCCAUUGUCAAAAGUUUGUUGACGGUAGAAGUUGCCAUUUGUUUGUAGUGACGAGAGAAUCGUCACUCUUGCUUGACGAGGAUUGAAUGCACAAACCCACUAUUUUUAAAUACCCCAUCGAUUGUGACAGAGAAUCUUAACACACUAGCCUGGUCUCUCUUUUUCUCCCAGAAAAGAUCAGGGCACAGCCUCUAUCUAUGGACAAUCAGUGAAAUGCAGAUGCUCCUUUGCAUUGUCAGUGAAAAGGAAAUACAGCAGGAGCUGAAUGGAGCAGUUAUGUGUCUAUUACCAUCUUGUAACAACCCAGCCUAAAUGUAGAAGUACUGUAAUAGACCUUGUCUCAGAUGUGAGGCUUAGAGAGCCUGCACACGGAAUAUCUACUGUGGACACAAACAGUAAUCUUUAUUAGGACAAAUUCAUAUACAGCCAGCAGCCUUGCACACAGGCAUGCAGAGACAGUCGGAGCCCUAUGCUCCGCACUGGCCAAAACAAGUGUACAGGGGCUCACGCCAAUAUAGAUCACCACAGAGGAAUUACACCCCUUUAGGGCACUGUAACCAAACACUGCAUUGCAAUUGACUCCAGAAUAACAACCUUCUCAGGGCACAACACACCAUACUGCACCACAAACACACCUGUGCUAUCAGGGCACACGUGCAGCAACCCCGCAGGAUUUAUUUAGGCACCUUUAACUGUUUGCCCCCACCCUGGUACUCUGGCUCUUAGCUGCUUUUUAAAAUCAAUAACAUCUGACAAUAAAUUACACCAGCUAUAAACAAAGCAGCAGCUCAGGGGUCUGAGCUUUGGCGCUGGUUCAGCUUCAGUCACACUCUGGUGUGGAGACAACCAGUGGUCCAGUGCAGUGAGGCCUCCCCACAGACAGCAGGAGAGCCCCUUCACAGACUGGAGAGCAGACAAAAGCACUCCAAAUUCCCUGCUAACUCUCCCCUCACCCUACCUCACGCAGGAACGUCUCCCUGACCCCGCUAACUAUCUUCACCUUCUUCGAACGGUACCCGCCCCCGGUUAUGAGUGCACAAUACAGCUGGCUCGGCUGGGCUUCUGCCCUGUAACGUUUGCCGAACACUCCGCUCUCCAGAGACACAUGCGCCCGCUCACUCUCCUACUUUCAAUACUUCUUUGUCUAAGACACUCCCUCCCACAGGUGCAGUCACUUCCUCUCCUCAUCUCAUGUGCAGUCACACAUCCUGCUCUCUUCUGCCUCCUUCCCUGAUACACAGCAUCACUCACUAUACUACCGUCUUGGGUGAAAAUGCAAAUCAUAGUGCCUAACAUGAAACUUAACCCUAAAGUGUUUGGUGAAAACGUGACUGAAGGGCUGGGUUAUUUGAGGAAAAAAGUAGGUCCUACCUCAUGUCUCACCACAUUGGAAGGCAAAAAGAUUAAAGCUAACUUGAAUGGCCACCCUGGAACACAUAGCGAAAAGCCUGCCAUCACAGAGAGGGGCAAGAAACCAUAAUCAUUUAAAUGGGGUUAACUGUGCAUAGUUCCAAACUGUGUCUUCUGGUCAUCAUUCAGUGUUGGAGUCAGUGAUACACACUAAAAGUGACAGAGACCGUAGUGUAAGGAAUGAAAAACGAGAUCUAGAGAGAGAAGUUGAAAGCCUGGCUCCUCUCACCUCUGCACACCUGGCCAAUUACUGUGUGAAGUGGAGGUGAAUGUUGGACUGUCGGUUUCAGAAGGUUACAGAAAUUGUCGGCCGCUGAGUUCUGAAGCUGUUCAACCAUGCGACAACCGGUUCUGAUGGACUGGUGCCUUGUUACUGACUCUCGAGGCCCUGUCUUAGAAGGGCCUUGUGUCAGGAUCUAGCUUCAAGACUUUCAUCAUUUCAGCUGAUACUGUGCUUAUAAGGUGCAUAUUCCUAAAUUAGAUUACAUGUAAUCAUAUCACUACACAGCAAACCUGGGAACAUGAGUCAUUUGAGCAGAGGAACAGUGUGCAUGUGGCACAGAAAGGGGGGUAAAUAGGGCCCAGCAGCGAGGGUUUCCCCCAGGCGGCCUAACAGGUAAAUCCAUCCAUGUCAGACAUUCAGAUAAAAUCUAUUUGAUGUUGCUGAAACAUGUUUGACUUAUAGGAAAUGAGAUGCAUAAUUUGUUAAAUUUAAUGAAGGGUUUAUUGAUCAGAUAUUUUGCUAAACCUGUUUGUUUACCUAUUAGGAACUCACCAAAUGAGAUUUAUACGACUAGAUUGGUAACUUAAUAUCUAAUAUUAACCCCAUUCAAACAGCACAGUGUGAGAUAAUUGCAUUUAUUACCCAUAGUGUUUUGUGAAGGGUGAAAGCGAGACGACUGUCCCGACAAUACCUUACCGUCACAGAGAAAAUGAUAGAACAUAAUGAGAUGUCAGUGUGCAAAAUGUUAUUUGAGGAAUGAUGUUCAGUCAAUGUCUAUUUUUCUAUUUUCCUGCCCGCUCUUUCUCUCCAUGGUCUUCUGUCGUGAGACGCACCGUGGAGAUGGAAUGUGACGUGCUAUGAAGAUUUGCUUAAUUUAGCCAAAUAAAUGAGAUUUUG